UGCUGCUAAACUUCGUGGAUGUCUCUGCGGAGCGGAGGCCAGAGGUUGCUCUUUCAGAGCACAAAACGCGACUUCGAAAGACGGCGACGGUAAUGUUGAUGGCUGCCUCAGCAUCAUUAUCAACACGAAGACAGUUGUCGUUGUCGUUGCACUCGUAGUCUGGUGGCAAGGGGGGAGGAGAGAGGCAAGCUUCCCGCAGCGCCCUCUGGCGUCAUCACCAUAACCAAAGUUCCAGCCAACCCACUCUAACAGAUUUGGUGGCACUACCAACGUUCCCCUUCACAUGAAAAGUUAUAAUAAUUGUGCAAGUGGGUUAUCGUGGCCCUUCAAUAGGAGACAAGAUGUCCUGCCAGGGGUUUGUUCAGUGUAUUUUGAAGUUGAUCAAUUUCUUGGUGACGGUGGUCGGGGCUUUUAUGAUAGUAUAUUCUCUAUGGAUGCUAAAAGAAUGGAACUCCAUUGGUCAUCUUAAUCAAGGGGUGCCUUCCACAGCUUCUGCGCUAUUAUCAGGCGGGGUUAUGAGUGUAGUGUCUGACGGCAUUCAAAAUACUGAAGGAUUGAUUUUUGAGCAAAUCCGAAGACCUUUCUUGAAGGAGAAUUCGCAACUGUCAGAUCUUCCUGCCCCUUGGUUUAUCUAUGCAUUCUUCUGUGCUGGGGCAAUCACAUGCUUUGUCUCUUUGACAGGACAUAUUGCAGCUGAGUUGAGCAACAGCUUUUGCCUUUCUUGUUAUAGCGUACUUCAAAUCUUUCUUUUAUUGGCACAAUUCGCAGUGGCUGGGGCUCUUUUCUUUGACCGGCAUUGGCGAGAGGAUAUACCUGAGGAUCCCACUGGGGAGUUGGACAAAAUCCAAAACUUUGUAUUGGACAACCUUGACAUCUGCAAAUUUUCCUUAGGCGUGGUGAUCCUAGAAGUGCUUGGAUUGUUCUUUGCAUUUAUUCUCCGGGCUAUUUCAUCAAAUGCGCGGAGAUACUACGACAGUGAUGACGACUACAUGGCGCCCAGGUCAGCUCCUCGUCGGCCUGUAGCCGACCGGCAAGCUAAUCAGCCGCCCCUUGCGGCGGGUUCUGGGGCCGCAACUGAAACUCGACCUCGUAGUGAUGCUUGGAGCAUAAGGAUGCGGGAAAAGUAUGGCCUGGACACGACCGAGUUCACAUCUAAUCCGUCCGAGUCAAUGAGGCUAUCAAACCAGACACCUGCCGCAGAGGAGCAGCAGAGUCGAUGCACUAUAAUGUAGACUACGUCUAGUUAAUCUUUCAAAGUUUACCCAAACCUUUUUCAUGCCUUUUGCAAUGAGAAGGCUGUUAGGUUUCAAUCUCCUUUUCUCUAUAUAAAUCAUUUCUUUUUGUAGCUCAAUAACAGUGUAGAUUUUUUGAUUGAAAAAGAUUUAGAAAGGUGAAAAAUGUCGGGUUGCAAGUUGAGUUAUGAUUUAUUAGAUUUUGAACUAGUCUUAAUAUGUUUGCAACUAGGGCAUGAAUGGCUAUGCCGAUGCCUGCCAUUGUACAGAAAAGUGUUGCCCUUCUCAUGCUAGCCUUAAUGGCUAGAACAGGUAGUCAUGGCGAUUGUGUUUGUAGGUUAGUUUAGUCCUAUUAGGCUAAUUGCCUUUUCCUGCCUACAUAAAAUUUAAGUUUCUCUGUGGCGAGUUCAAUCUGACUUGAGUGGUCCCCAAUAUUUAAUAAAGAUGUAUCAUUUUAGAGUUGGACAUC